AUGCCUAACCCAUCGCCUCCGUCGACAAAACAUUCAACAACCAAACCCUUCUCGAUCGCGCUCUCUUCUAAAGCGCGAACAGCGCAGCGGGCUGGUGCAUCUACCUCCUCAUUUCCACUACCACGCGGCACGGAUCUUUCCACAUCCAAGCUACAAGCCUCCAGUUGCGACUUUCAUAAUAAUGACUCCGACUCUGACGCUGAACACAAGGAGUCAGCUCACGUAGAGGUCAGUGGCUUCGACCAAUCCUCCGGGGGCGCGAUAAAUAAAUACAUAUGCGAAACUAAGUCGAAAGAGCCCCUGGUAAUCAAGGUAGAUAAGAGAAAUGGGUGGCGAGAAAGGCUACUACGGUCAGAGCGGGCGAAAAAGAGCUGGUUACCAGAAGAGGUGAAGGCACAAAAGGAGGCACAAUGCCAAGGGAAAGAAACGGCAGUGGAUGUUGAAACAGAUCGCCCUGAGACUAAGUCUGGUUUGAGCUACGCUUCGGACUUGGGAAUCACAGGGCACAAGUCGAAUGGAGGAAACUCCAUUGAUUCGGAGACGCAAGAAAAGAGUGUAACAAGAGCCGACACGGAAGAAUACAGCAAAACAAGAGAUGUAUCACAGGAUGAAAUAGCAUUACAGGCGCUUAUUCGUGAAAGUAAAGGGGAUAUAGAGCAACAAUCCAAUUUGAUAAUCCAGUCACAGCCUCGACCCGAUGCCCAUAACGAGUAUGAUGAAACCAGAUCUUUUCGCGACGAUGUAGCCCACCGCCCUGAUUCUGCAAGCUUGGCUGACUACACUGCCAUUCCGGUCGAGCAAUUUGGUGCAGCUUUACUGCGCGGAAUGGGCUGGAAGGAAGGGCAACCAGUCGGUCGCGGGCGAUACAGCAACACAUCAUCUUCCCAGCAGAAAGAUGCCAACCUUGCGCCCCGCAUUCCCGAACGGAGGCCGGGAUACCUGGGUAUAGGUGCUAAGGAUAUAUCUGGAAAGAGUGGCUCUGCAGAGCUUGAACUCGGCGCUUGGGGAAAGGCUGCAAUGCGCAAGGGGAAGCCGGGCGAGGGACUGUAUACUCCCGUAUUAAUGAAAAGUAAAAAAACGGGAGAAAUGAUCACAGAGGAAGAAUUCAAGAAAUUGACUAAAGAUCAGGGACAAAGCAAAGAUUUGGCCGACCAGGACAAGGAAUGGAAAGAGCGGCGAGAUAGGAAUCUGCUCAAGGCUGGACGACGGUAUGAUAAUGAUAACGAUUACAGAGAGCCGAGGAAAUCUUCGUCAAGAAGAAGCGGCCACGGUCGAUCAAGAUCCUCAUCAGCCGAGCGAGACCAAGAAAGAAGGCGUCGCAGGAGGUAUGACGACGACAUCGGUAGGAGUCCAGAAAGAAAGAAAAUGGAUGACCGCUACUACAGGGAUCGGACAUCCUCUUAUGGUCGCGAUACAGAUCGCCGCCGGGAAAGGGAUAAAGGACGGGGCCGAGACUACGACCAAGACAGAUCCAGAGCCAUUGCAAUCGACCCAGACAGGGACAGAGUGCGGGCCAAGGAGAGAUGGCGGUAG